AUGAGCGAGUCAUACGGUCCCAUUGUCCGUCUUUGGGGUAUUCAUCCUUCCAAGCUUCCGGCUGCAGGAUCACAGUCUGAAGAGCUCAAGGUACUCCUCGCUUCAAUUCUUCUCGAGGCCGUGCCUUUUAUACAAACCGUCCCUUCCGAGAUCCCCUCUGUGGAGCCUGCCACAGAGCUCCGCUCCACAGGUGGUCUAUGGAAGCACAAAGCAGUCAAGACAUAUGACGGUUCUACAGCUCCCGUUCAUGUGUUUGAGCGUACAGUAGACGCCGAGACGCUGGGUAUCGUCGCUCAGAAGAAUCCUGGCCUCGGCGUAUCUCCUAGCAACGCCCAGUCGGAGCUCUGGGCACUACGACGAAGCACUCACGAACCAAAGAAGGAAAAGGGAACGGCGGAUUGGGAUGAGUUUGUGAGAUGUUUCAAGGAGAAGCAUGCUGAAGCCGAAAAACUUUUUACCCCAGGUGUCACGAGCUCUAAAAGGCUGCAAGAGUGGGAUUGCUCGGGUAUCGAAAUCCAGCUCGAAGGUGAGACGUGGGUUGACUGGACACUUCAUCGCGAAGAGUCUGUCCAUAGCCUCCCUGGUCCGCUCUCCAAGCGCGUGUUUCCAGUUCUUCAAGCCACGGCUGCUGUGCGUGGCCGCAAGGAGUUCAUGGUUAUUCAGAUCGCUAUUCGGGCCAGUGACGAAGCUACAGACGUGGCUGUACACGACGGCCCUGUUCGAGCGGCCUUUUCCAGCAUUGAGAGAGUGCGGGAGUUGGAAGAUGGCAACUUGGAGUGGAUGAUGGGGACGGUGUCAGAUGCGAAAGGGUUGGUGCCUAUGUGGGCGCAGAAGUUGGGCUUAUCUGCAGCGAUCGCCAAGGACGUAGGCAUGUUUAUGAGAUGGAUCGGAGAGGAGAGACUGAAGGGCAAAGAUGCCGAGGUCAUUGGUGAUCUGGAAUAG